AGGAAAAAUACGUAUUAGUUAAUUUAAACAAACAAUAUUAUCGCACAUAUGCAAGUGUGCAAUGUUAUGUGCUUGAUAGCAGCGAGAAAGCUGUAAUAGCGCGUGAACAUAAUGCGCGCUCUCGAAAACCCCAGGUUAUUGCGGUUGCUUAGUUGCGCGGCGUUUAUUAGCUACAAUAGCAGAUCACUCGAAACAGAAAAACAAACCAUUGAGGGACACGUGCUUAUUUGAAGAGGCUCUCCGGCUUUUGUCUUGUAUAUUAUGUUGUGAAUAGACCAUCUGGAGUAACUUACUAACUAUGCCACUAAAGAACCGGCUGAAGUAUAGUUCAUUUAAAGAGGACUUUAUUUUCCGCACAUAUUAUGGCUCUGACAGAAAAUUUACGACAGUUUCAGGAAUGUACGCGAGACGUCAUGUCGUCAUGGUAACUGUCAGACGUUAAACAUUAAAAUCUCUUUGCUAGGGCACCUAAGUACGCUGCUCAUAUAAAAGUGUAUAAAGUCAGAAUGUGAGCUGAAAAAUAAGGACAAGAACAGUAUAAUGUGGGAUAUUUCUUGCAAAAGAAAUGGACAUGGCAUCCAGGAGUGGCCUGAUGGAUGCAAAUAUGAGGGGGAAUUCAUAAAUAACCUGAAACAUGGCGAUGGCGUCUUCACAUGGACAAAUGGAGAGUCCUACAAAGGUUCAUUUUUCAAGGAUUAUCGUCACGGCAAAGGCACAUACUCCUGGCCGGAUGGAUCUAAAUACACAGGAAAGUUUUAUCUGAAUCGAAAAGAGGGAUACGGAGUGCAAGUUUUUUCAGAUGGAUCAACGUUUCAGGGCCUAUAUCAUGCAGGUGAACGUUUCGGCCCUGGGGUCAUGACAUACCCGGACGGCCGACAGGAUUUAGGCCUGUGGCACAGAGAAAAGUUACUGCAAAUGUGCAGCACAAUGGAGGACGGUUUCAGUCUGGAGCAUUUCCCAGAAUACAUGACUAGACGGCUUGAGAAAGACCUGAAACAGCCCCUUUUUCCUGUCGAUGUGGAGUCAAGGGCAGACAGAGGUCAUUAUGUGUCAGAUCUGUGUUUAUUGGAGGACGAGGAUCACUUUAUUCUGCCUCCAGAGAUCGAGAGGUACUCCACAGACUCAGACCACCUGCCCAUCCCGAGGCGUUUGAGGAGAGAGCUGGACCUGCACUUUUUCGGCACUAGUGAGAUCAGCACUGAGUCACUGUCGAUUGCUGUGCCGCUACAACAGCGCCUGAAUGCACACAUACAGAGACACAGAUUUGAGGCAGAAACUUUAGACUGGGACGUCGCUGCUGUGCUGAACUUGAACAGGGCUCAGUUUGGACCCAAAGGUCCGCUGGAGCUCAACUCAGAGAGACUGAUCAUGGAAGCUUCUCGUGGCGAAUGCAGGAAUGUUUACCGAAUCCUCAGAGAUGGAGAAAUUCAUCCGAAUGUGAGCGAUGCAAAAGGACAUACAGCUCUCAUAGCAGCAACGGUUUAUUGUCAUGAUGAUGUCAUCAACAUGCUGUUGGACAAUGGGGCUGAUGUUAAUAAGCUGAAUGCUGAAGGCAUGUCUGCUCUGGCCGUCUGUAUGCUUCUCUACUACCCACUUCAGUCCUUACACGAGACGCUUGCAGAGAAAGUGCCUCGAAAUAUCAGCCCAGAACCACAGAUCAAGCCUCUGGAAGACGUCGCUCAUGAAUCUUCUCCAGAUCCGGUGACAGAAACAGCCAGAGAUGAAAGAGAACCAGUGACAUCCGAGACCAACCAAACUAACCCACGUCUUGAACCAGAAAACCUUGAGGCGCAUGGAAAAAUCAACGAUAACGAGACGGUUGUUCAACUGGAUGAGCUCAACACCUCUGAGGAAAUAGAUAAAAAUACAGACUUAAUCCGUAAGGAAACUCUGCUUGAACUCGAAAAUGAGCAGAACAUCAGGUCUCAAUCUGUUCAAGUGUUGGAUGAUUUGGUCCCAGUUGGUUGUGUUUCGUGGAAAGAAGCAAUUAAAGAAGAAGAUCUGGAGAGUAGUGUCAGGUCAGAUGAUCCGGAUUUCAACUCGGCCUGCUCUAUGUUGAGUUUUCAGAUCGAGGUGACAGAGGAGAUCCUGCAGAAAAGCGCUGAGAUCUUGAGCCUGACGCAAACGCUGAGUCCCACUGACACACAGGAGACUGUUCGCAGAAUCGCUCUGCUCAAGACAGAGCAUCGUAAACGGUGGGCAACAGUUGAGCUUCUGUUGGAAAGAGGAGCAGAUCCGAACUCCUCUACUGUCCCUGUGCCUGUGAUCUUCCUGGCCAUUAAAGCUGCUCACGUGAAUAGUGUCCGGCGACUGCUGGAAUGCGGAGCUCGUACAGACAUUCCUCUCCCUCCAGAGCAAAAGGGUCUGUAUCCCCUUCACAUAGCAGCAGGUCUGCUUGGAGCAGAGGGUCCUGAAAUCACAGAGCUGCUCCUGCACGCACUGGCAGACCCCAAUCACAAAGCACUGGACCAAAAUGAGGUCUUCCAGCUCGAUCAGGUCUUUGAGGAUCCUCAUGUCUGCCAGUUCAGUGAUGCUCAUGUCCAGUUUUCUCAAGAAGGUGGCAGGACAGCACUGCAUGUGGCCUGUCAGAGAGACUCAGAAUAUACUAAUGCUAGAGAUGUGGUGGCGCUUCUCCUUUCUCACUGUGCGAGCCCCAAUGAAGUCUGGAGUGGCCAUUCACCUUUGUCUCUGGCCAUCGCCAGUGGCAACCACCUUGCUGUGGAUGAGCUGUUGUCUGCCGGGGCUGAUGUUAAUCUUCCCCUCACUCGUCAUAUAGGCAGUGCCCUCUGUGCCCUCACCAAUAUCAACUAUGACCACGAGCAGCAGCCGCGAAACCAUGUCAAGCUGCUGGAUAAGCUAGUGAAAGCAGGCGCUGACGUUCUCAUGCCUGUGAUGGUUUGCGAUGGCCGCAGGUGUACGAUGGGAACAGUAGUGGAUUAUGCACACAUCACAUUCCAACAGAACCGGCGCAUGUCCCGCACCCCGUAUCACGCCCUCAGCAAACACGAAAGGCACGUUUAUAAUGCCCGCCGGCAGCUGCUCGGACUCAUGGGAGAUCUGAUGAGACAGACCGCCUCCAGGGGGCAAGAGGAACAAGGCCAGGAUGAGUUCGGUGUAAGUCCCUCAGAGAGGUCUGUGUACAGUCGAUCAGCAGUGACGUCCAGUCUCCUGAACUCUCCUGAAAGCAUCAGUAGGAUGUCCUGUAAUAAACAGAGAGCACACAGAAAGUGGAGGUUUUGUGAGGAGUGUGGUCGUUCAGUGGGUGUUCAUCUGACCGCCUGCAGCCGCUGUCAUGAAGUCUAUUACUGCAGCAACACCUGCAGAGGCAGAUCAUGGGAACAGCGCCAUCGAGAAAAGUGUGUGCGGCUGCCAGUGGUCAAUGGAAAAAGCAACAGUGGAAGAAUUGAACCCAACAGACCACGUUCAUCGUCGUCACCCAAAGAUGCCAAAGCCAACCCCAUCCACCCCAGCAUCAGUCCAGAAAUACAAGAAUACGACCCCAACGAAAACUACAGCUUCAUUUAAAGUGCGGUACUACAUUAACAUCAAAACCCACAGCAUCACAUUUACAUCUCAUGAAAAGACGGAGACCAAAAGACACUUCAAAUGGAUGCAAAACAACUCGAAAGACACACAACGUCCAUUUCCUUCAAACAACUGUGCAUGUUUAUUACAUAAAACAGAGCAAAUUUACAAAGUCAGACCUCAAAUAAAACGCUAAUGCAGAAAUAGAACAAAAUCAAAGGUCUCUCGAAUCAUCUUGUGUUUGAGCCCUUCUCACUGUCCGCUCGUUGAGUCCUGUCAAGAGUUUACAAUGUGCUUUUUAUUUAUACUGUACAACCGACAGACCCUCCAGGAUUUCACAAUCGGCAAAUUUUACCCAAAAUUAAGCAAAGUUGUCAGGGCACUGUUUAAAUUCCCGCCACGAAACAGAGCAUCGUCUGCAUAGUUUUAUAUUCACAAAUAAUAUAGUAUUCACAAAUCGAUUGUGCUCGUCCAGUGUGCAAAACCUCGAAUUGUCAAUAUACGCUUCUCAUACGAUGUGUACUCCACGUCACAUGAUGGUAUUGUAAUGUGAAUUCAGAGCUUGUUUGAAAUAGACCACAUGAGUUGUAUCAAAUCCAUACGAACAAAACGCACACACGAGAUCAUUUUUAUCAAUGUGUUCUUAUAGCUUUCAUUCGACUUAGAGUUUAUUCAUUCAUUUGUUUUCUUUCGGCUUAGUCUCUAUUUCAGAGGUUGCCACAGCGGAAAAUUGGUUUCACUUUCAUUUGAUACAGCAAGUUUUAGGGGUAAACUCUAGUUUUGCUUUCUUUUUUCUCAGUGUUUUCUUUAUACAAAUUACAGAGAUCAAUUAUUCUCAAGGUCAAAUUUAUAAUAAAGAAUUAAGAUGUGUACAUUUCUGUUUAUUUCCACAACAAAAUAAUAAAAGAAAUUCCGCAAAAUUUGACACAAAAUUUGCCUAAUAAUCGAAAUAAAAUCCUGGAGGGAUCGAACCAAGUACAAAAAACAAGCAUCUCGGGACAAAGACUGCAUACAUUUUUCGACUGCGUUUACAUUCCACUAUGUUUACAUUUCCACAGC